AUGGAUGUUUAUAAUACUCACUCAUUCUGUCUUGAACAGAAUCCCUGCAGCAGCAGUCCCUGUUUCAACAACGGCACGCGUCAAGCUGGAUACACUGAUAAAGGAUUUCGUUGUAAAUGUCCAUCAGGAUUCACUGGUGUAUACUGCAAGAAAGCUUGCAGCUUUGACUUUGAAAAUGGAAUCGGCGGGUGGGAAAUGACAGGCAGAGCUUUUAUUUACCAGCCAACAUUUGGUGACAAUCCAGUCGCGCGCGAAAGAGAAAGCGCCCAGCAGCAAGGGCACUGGUGGAUAGGGGGAGCUGAGAAACGGUCCAAUGAGAGCGAUCCCGCAGGAAAGCAGCAUCCAGCGGGAGCCGACCCACCCAACGGAACUCUCACCUCACCUUGUUUUCGUAUCGUCGGAAAGAAUAUUUCGUUUCUUAUUGGUGGGGGAUGUACCGUAUCUGAAAUUCGUGCGGAGCUUAUUGUCAACAGCCAGGUCGUCAGAAAGGAGACAGGAAACUGUAAUGAGACAAUGUAUCGUAAGGGCUGGGACGUAUGCAACCGACAUAUGGAGCAUAGUGGGGUUCUUUCUCACUUUUAA